GGCGCUGGGACGGACCCCGGGGUGAUCGCAAACCCGGAGUGUGAGGCCUCGGCCCGGCUGGCCCCGGCUCGCCGGCCCGCUCUGCGCCUGGGCCCGCGCUCGCUUGUCGCCGCCCCCCAGCUCGCCCGGAGGAGCCAGGGCGACCGCGCCCUCCCGCUGUGCGCCCGCGUGGCCGCCGCCGCUCCUCGGGAUCCUCCGGGGCUGCAGAGGAGUUCGCUACGGAGGGAGGCGGGGGCCUUCGGGAGGAGGAGGCGGAGGAGGCGGAGGAGGAGGGAAGGAAGAUGGCGGCCGUGGAACUCGAGUGGAUCCCGGAGACUCUCUAUAACACCGCCAUCUCCGCUGUCGUGGACAACUACAUCCGCUCCCGCCGAGACAUCCGCUCCUUGCCCGAGAACAUCCAGUUCGAUGUUUACUACAAGCUGUACCAACAGGGACGCUUAUGUCAACUGGGCAGUGAAUUUUGUGAAUUGGAAGUUUUUGCUAAAGUAUUGAGAGCUUUGGAUAAAAGACAUUUGCUCCAUCAUUGUUUCCAGGCUUUGAUGGAUCAUGGUGUGAAAGUUGCUUCAGUCUUAGCCUACUCAUUCAGUAGGCGGUGCUCUUACAUAGCAGAAUCAGAUGCUGCCGUAAAGGAAAAAGCCAUUCAGGUUGGCUUUGUUUUAGGUGGCUUUCUUUCAGAUGCAGGAUGGUACAGUGAUGCCGAGAAAGUUUUUCUGUCUUGCCUUCAGUUGUGUACUCUACAUGAUGAGAUGCUUCAUUGGUUUCGUGCAGUAGAAUGUUGUGUGAGAUUGCUUCAUGUGCGAAAUGGAAAUUGCAAAUAUCAUUUGGGUGAAGAAACAUUUAAGUUAGCUCAGACAUAUAUGGAUAAACUCUCAAAACAUGGCCAGCAAGCAAACAAAGCUGCACUCUAUGGAGAACUGUGUGCACUCCUGUUUGCAAAAAGUCACUAUGAUGAGGCAUACAAAUGGUGCAUUGAGGCAAUGAAAGAAAUCACAACAGGCUUACCAGUCAAAGUCGUGGUGGAUGUUUUAAGACAAGCUUCUAAGGCUUGUGUUGUAAAACGUGAAUUUAAGAAGGCAGAACAGUUAAUUAAACAUGCAGUGUAUUUGGCACGGGAUCAUUUUGGAUCCAAACACCCAAAAUAUUCUGAUACACUGCUAGAUUAUGGAUUCUACUUACUCAAUGUAGAUAAUAUCUGUCAGUCUGUUGCAAUUUAUCAGGCAGCCCUUGACAUUCGGCAGUCAGUGUUUGGUGGCAAAAAUAUCCAUGUAGCAACAGCUCAUGAAGACUUGGCUUAUUCUUCUUACGUUCACCAGUAUAGCUCUGGGAAAUUUGACAAUGCACUAUUUCAUGCAGAAAGAGCUAUUGGUAUCAUUACCCACAUCCUACCUGAAGAUCAUCUUCUUUUGGCUUCUUCAAAGAGGGUGAAAGCACUUAUUUUAGAGGAGAUUGCAAUUGACUGUCAUAAUAAAGAAACUGAACAGAGGCUGCUUCAAGAAGCUCAUGAUUUGCACCUGUCUUCACUCCAACUGGCUAAAAAAGCUUUUGGGGAAUUUAAUGUACAGACUGCAAAACACUACGGAAACCUUGGAAGACUUUAUCAGUCAAUGAGAAAAUUUAAGGAAGCCGAAGAAAUGCACAUCAAAGCAAUUCAGAUUAAAGAGCAACUUCUUGGUCAAGAAGAUUAUGAAGUAGCCCUUUCAGUGGGACAUCUGGCUUCUUUAUAUAAUUAUGACAUGAAUCAGUAUGAAAAUGCUGAGAAACUUUAUUUGCGAUCUAUAGCAAUUGGGAAGAAACUUUUUGGUGAAGGCUACAGUGGACUAGAAUAUGAUUACCGAGGUCUCAUUAAACUUUACAACUCCAUUGGAAAUUACGAGAAAGUGUUUGAAUAUCACAAUGUUCUGUCUAACUGGAACCGGUUGCGAGAUCGGCAGUAUUCAGUGACCGAUGCUCUCGAAGACGUCAACACCAGCCCCCAGUCCACUGAAGAAGUGGUGCAGUCCUUCCUGAUUUCUCAAAAUGUUGAGGGACCGAGCUGCUGAGGGAGGACCUCAGUUAACUAAUUUACCUUUUCCCAGAUUCCAGGGAAUUCAUACUGUGAAAUCAAAACCAUGUUGUUUUUUGGGGCUGGAAUUUGCAUUGAAACACUGGUCCAGUCCAUUGACCCUAUUUGGGUGAUCCCUAUCUUGCAGAGUGUCCGUAGGAAUAAGCAUAUAUUCAGUUAUAUUCAGCAUGUACUGCAUGUAUAAGUAGUCUGGCCCAUAUUUUCAACUUAGUAGAACAAACAACAGGAAAUUUUUAUUUCUUUUUAAAAAAAUAAUUCAUUUUGCAGAAAGCCUGAAAGAAAAAAAGAACCCCUAAAUAAAACUAUUUAAGAGUUUAAAAGAGUUGCAUUCUUAUUAUGUAAGGAUGAUUUUAACAACUUUUUAACAUACAAUGCUUCCUUGAGGAGGUAUUCAAUACUGUAUCGUAAAGAAAUUUUAUGGGGAAAAUCUUUAUAUGCAGUAUAGAAAAAAGUUAACAUAAGUACUAAUAGAAGAGGGACAUCCUGACUUAGGUUUAGCUACCUUACCCAGAGAAGUGGAUACAACCACUCCAGAGCUCUGUUACAAGGGAAGGACUGUCAGAUUCAUCUGAACUGGACCAGUGUUGACCUGUAAGUAAUAGAAAAGCUGAUAAACCAGCAGUUUUAACUCUUCGGUUGGUUUGGUUUUGUUAUGUUUUUUUUUGGGGUACAGAAAUGCAAGAUGCUCUGAUAGUUUUUGCUAGCAGGACCAGGAGGAUCUGAAAAGGACCAGCCUAAUGUAGAAAGGGGUUAUUUGGACCAGAGGCUUUAGGUUAUUAUUUUAGCCCCUGCCUAUACUUUUAUCAGUAGAAUGAUUUCACUUAGCUGUAUAAUGAGAAGUGAUAAUGCGAAAGUUUUAUUCAUGUAAUAGACACCAAACUCGGAAAAUUUGGCAAUUUCAGUGGCAUAUCUUUAGUCAAGGUACACAGAUGGCAGUGCAGUAAGCAAGUCUAUAAAUAUCUGCUGCAGCCAUUUUAAAUGUUACCCUGAUAGUCAGUGCAGUUAGCAAGUAUAUUGGCUAAGAGUCGUGAAACAGCUCAUGUCCAGAUGGGAAAUUUAGGUUACCGUGUGGUUUAUGGGGAUUGAUGGGAAAAUGAAUGCCCCAAAAUAAGCAAGUCUUCUUAGAAAUCCUUCAUGUUUAUGGUAAGUUCUAGUGCAAUUAGAUCAUUUUAUUUGAAAUUCAAGAGUCAGAUGGAGAGAUUCCCCUAGUGAUAUGUCUGUUUCACUAACUUGUCUUUCUGUUUAUUGGGUUUUGAUUUUUUUUUUUUAAGCCAGUCAGGUUAUUUAAUGUUGAGGUAAUAUUCAAAUUUGAGAAGUCGUGACAUGUAGCAAUCCAAGAAACAAAAAAGGUCUUUUGCUGUUACCUCAAUUCUUAGUAUAGUGGCCUAUUUGGUGCCUCUGUAGUUAAGAAUCAGGGUUUUCCCCCCUAUUUUCAGGGGUUCAUGACUUGGCUGUUAGAGAUAUUGUUCCUGGCUGAUGCUUGGAGUGGUCUGUGGGUGAGUGGAUGUGUGCUGAAUGUUGGUUUUCUUUUAACAGGCACGUUGGGGGUCGGAGGGGGAAAAACUUUGUCUGCCACAAUUAGUAUAGAAAAAGCAAUUGGAGAUUUCAGAUAAAUUUGAUUUUAAACACUUUUUUGAGCUUCCCAAAUGUAACCUUGUUUAUUUAAAACUGUUAUUUGCCAUCUUGUUAGUUAUGAGCCAGUGUUUUUAAGGUCCCAGGAGGGGAUUGACUAGGGGAGGUACCUAAAGAGAUGAAGCAGGCCCAGGUCCUAAGAUGAUAGCUAUGUGAUUUUGAAACCUGGAUUUAAUCCUCAGAUUGAAUUAUUUUUAAUUUUGAAAAGAUUACAUUGGCACACCUGCACCUCCCUCUCUCAGUUAAUUGCAACCUAAUGCCAAAAGGCAUCUCUUUAUUAAUUACCAAAUAGUCUGUGUGACCAAGGACUAACAUUUUUAAGUCACUCAGCUCUAUCCUCAUGGGCCUAUAUAUUUAAUACCUCCAAAGAUAUUUUAAGGAUAGGCUUUGUAUACUUUUGUUGGUUGUUUAGAGUCCUGUGGUAUGUUUGUGGUAUAGGAAUGUCAUGGUAAAUUGUUUUUCAAUAAAUAUUUUGAAAACUUA